AGAUCUCAAAGUUUGGAUGCUCAGUUCGGUACGUUUUCGAUGUUCAUCAUGAGAGAGCAGGUGGAUGUGAUUCACGCUGGAGAACAGCAGAUGCUGCAGACACCAGUGAAGAUUGAAGUGAAGCAGGAGGAGAUAAAAGAAGAAAAGACAGCAGAAGAAGAACAGAGUGAUGAAGAUGAUGAUGAACAGCAGAUGCUGCAGACACCAGUGAAGAUUGAAGUGAAGCAGGAGGAGAUAAAAGAAGAAAACACAACAGAGGAACAACAGAGUGAUGAUGAUGAUUUUAUUCCUGCUGAUCUGAUGGAAAUGAAAGAAGAACAUGAGGAGCUGAAUGAAGUGGAGGAGAAACAUCAUGAUUUCAUAACUGGAGAAAAAUAUUUGAGUUGCUCAAUGAAUGAAAAGAAUUUCUCUACAAAAAAGCAUCUAAGAAAAGCAGUCAAGGAAUCUUUCACCUGCUCUCAGUGUGGAAAGAGUUUCACACGUAAAAGCGAUCUUAAAAGACACAUUAGAGUUCACACUGGAGAGAGACCAUACACGUGCCAUCAGUGUGGGAAAAGUUUCACACGUAAAAGUGAUCUUAAUAAACACAUGAGAGUUCACACUGGAGAGAGACCUUUCACGUGCCAUCAGUGUGGGAAAACUUUUGCAUAUGCAACCAAUCUCAAGGACCAUCUUUGCUGUCACUCUGGAGAAAGGCCAUUUGAAUGUGAUAAGUGUGGAAAAUUAUUUGUUCUGGCACAAUACCUAAGAAAACAUUUGAAAACUCACACAGAUGAGAAGCCUUACAAGUGUUCUUUUUGUGGAAAUAGUUUUGCACAUGUGUCCUAUCUUAAACAGCACCAGAAAAUACAUACUGGUGUGGGGGCUCAUAUAUGCUUUGAAUGUGGAAAUACCUUUAUUACAGCCAACAGCUUGAAACGGCACCAAAUAAUUCAUACUGGAGAGAAACCAUACAAGUGCUCAUACUGUGAAAAGAGUUUCACUCAGUCAGAAAACCUAAAAACACAUGAGAGAAUUCAUACUGGAGAAAAACCAUUCAAGUGCUCUCACUGUAAAAAGAGUUUCACUUAUUCACAUUGCCUGAAAACACAUGAGAGAGUUCAUACUGGAGAGAAACCAUACAAGUGCUCACACUGUGAAAAGAGUUUCACUCGGUCAGAACACCUAAAAACACAUGAGAGAACUCAUACUGGAGAGAAACCAUACAAGUGCUCACACUGUGAAAAGAGUUUCACUCAGUCAGAACACCUGAAAACACACGAGAGAACUCAUACUGGAGAAAAACCAUACAAGUGCUCACACUGUAAAAAGAGUUUAACUCGGUCAGAACACCUAAAAUCACAUGAGAGAACUCAUACUGGAGAAAAACCAUACAAGUGCUCACACUGUGAAAAGAGUUUCACUCAGUUACAUGGCCUGAAAACACAUGAGAGAAUUCAUACUGGAGAAAAACCAUACAAAUGCUCACACUGUGAAAAGAGUUUCACUCAGUCAGAACACCUAAAAACACACGAGAGAAUUCAUACCGGAGUGAAACCAUACAAGUGCUCGCACUGUGAAAAGAGUUUCACUCGGUCAGAUCACCUAAAAACACACGAAAGAAUUCAUACCGGAGUGAAACCAUACAAGUGCUCAUAUUGUGAAAAGAGUUUCACUCAUUCACAUUGCCUGAAAACACACGAGAGAACUCAUACCGGAGAAAACCACCACUGCAAUUACUUUAUAUAGACAUGUAAAAAAAAAAAAAAUCCCAAGUAGUCACAGAGUUUGAAUUUUUUCAAUGUCCGAUACCAAUAAGCAGGAGAGCAGGUUGGCCAAUGGCCGAUAUAUAUGCCGGUAUAUAUAAUACAGUUAAACAACAGCAUGUACACAAAAUUUAUUUUAUGUUUUAUUUUUAUUUUUAACAUUACAUACAAAACAAACAAUAUCAAAGAAUAGAGACAAGUUUAUGAAUUAGGUAAUUACAUAGCACACACAAACAAAAGAAAAAAAAGGGUAUGGGCUGUCAUAUGCAUAUUAAGACAAGAGAUUUCAGUAAUAAGAAAAAGAUUGUUACAGGGAGGACUUUUCACAGAAAUAACAUUCUUAAGGAAGUCCAGAAAGGGUUACCAGUACACAACAUUUCUUAAGUGUGUUUUGUAAAAUGGAGAAAAUGCAAUUACCUUGCCUCCUUGUUUAAUUAUUUUAUAUAUGUGUUUUGAUACAUGUAUUUAGUCAAUGUAUUAAAUAUAAUAUUCUUUACAAGAGAUGCAUGAAACUGAGUGAACUCUUUUUAUCUGUAAAGUGUGCUACAUAUUUAAACAAUGAAUAUAACAUUUAUUUUGUAUGUAUUAAAUGAGGUAAACAUGGAUUAAUUAUAUACAGUUAAGACCAGAGUGAACUUGUUGCUGUGUAUAGGACAUGUCUGAAUGUGUUUUACAGAAAAAAUGUCAGACAGAGGAGAAAGUGCCAAGAGAUAGAAAAUGAGCAAGGUGCAAGCUGAAGGCUGCACAGAGUUGAAGUUGAGGUCAAAAACAUAAGGUCGAGGCUGUUUUGCGGUACAAGUAUUUUAUUUGACUAGAGAGGAAAACAUGUAUUUAGAUAGACCAACUUUAUAUAUAUGUCAUAUUAUAUUAUACGUAGAAGUAAAAGAAAUAUAUAUUACCAUAGAUAGAGCAUAAUGUUUUGCAGAUGGGACGUCGUGGAUGACAGUGGAGAAAACUUGUCGACAGAGACAAAGCGAAGACUAUUUAAAAAGACUUCUGGAGGCGGACUUAAAGUUACAGCUUACAUCACCAAUGGGGCAGUUACCGAUAGACAGGACAUCUAUAAAAGACUGAUUCAAAGAUCAUUACAUCAGAUAUUGUUCACUUGAACAGUAUCUCCAACCCUAGAUGCCUUGCUGAUAUUGCCCUCGACUGAAAAAUCUUUUGUACUUUAUUUUUACUUUGCAUUUACCUUGAAUGUUUUGACUGCUAAAUAAGAAAAUGUAACGAAUAAAUUGAAUUUUAUUGAUUACGAGGAAUUUGCCUACCGAGGCUUUAUUUUUUUAAUAUUUUGAGAUUGUGAGCAAGAACAUACCACAAGGAGUCUUCUGUCCAGGUUGUAAGUAUUUUUAAAAUGCUUAUAAUUUAGGCAAGAUUUGACUUACUUUACCUAACCUGAGAAAUAUAAAAUGAAGGUAAAAGUUGGUAGGUUACCCACAGUAUAAUAAGUUAAACAAAAAUAGUGGAAAGUUAACACGUUUAUCAGUCAAGUGAACACAGCUAUUCGACUAAUGCCGAUAAUUGUAAAAUGGCCAAAUAUCGGCUGAUUAACCAGCCUGGAUGAUAUAUAUGUCAAUCACUGGUCACAGCGAGCAAACAUUAUCUUCAAGUCCAAUAAUAUUUAAGGAGUACAGAGAGAAAGCUAGCAAGAGACCCGCAGAGAUCCAGAAACUGGUAGAGUCAGGAGCAAUCAGAAAGCUCGGUCCAGAAGAAAGGGACCGAGAUGGCGAAUCCUGGUUUAUCCCACACCAUAUGGUGCGCCACAUUGAGAAGAAUCGUGUGGUGUUUGAUUGCUCCUUUCAGUUCAAUGGCCUCAGUCUAAAUGAGUCUCUCCUCCCCGGCCCCACCUUAGGUUCAUCACUGCUUGGGGUCUUACUCUGAUUCAGUGAGCAUGCGGUGGCCAUCAGCGCUGAUAUUCAGGGCAUGUUUUACCAGGUCCGCCUUCUUCCUGGAGAACUCCUUCAGUUUGUCUGGCGCGACCUGAGGAAGGAAGAUCCCCCUGAUGUCUUUGAGGGGCAAGUGCUCCCAUAUGGGACAACCUGCAGCCUGUGCUGUGCUACCUUUGCCCUGCAGCGACAUGAAAGAGAGCACAGUCAACAAGAUGAGGAUAUAAGGUUGUCGAUCGAAUGCUGCUUCUAAGUUGAAAAUUGCCUGCAGACCUUGCCAUCACCAGAGGAAUCUAAGCAAUUGGUUGAUAAACUGAGGGACCUGUUAACUAAAGGUGGCUUUGAACAAUGGGCCAGCAAUGUGCCAGCCAUCAUUCGUCACCAUCCAAGUGAAGCCAGAUCAGAUGGUCUUGAACUCUGGCUAGCCCAUGAGAGGACGGAUGUCCAAGAAUCCACAUUAGGACUUAGCUGGAAUUGCCCUAAAGAUGUGCUGAUGUAGUGUCACCGGCCCAUAGACCAUGGUGCCCCCACCAUGCAAAUAAUUUACAAAGUGUUAGCGAGUCAAUAUGAC